UCCCUUUGCUAUUUUGAUAUUAUGCAAAGCAAUGGUUCCAAACAUGGCUGCCUGAAUGAGUUAUAAAAAAGAUGCUGACCAGAUAUAAUACAAUACAUAAUAGUGAUACUGACUCUACUUGGUGUAGUAAGGACUAAAAUGGCGUUAUGUUGUUUGCAUAAUAAAUAACAGAUACCAGGAAGCGAUUACAAGGCUGUAAUGUAACCAGACGGUUCAUUCAAAUAAUACGACUCUUCUUGCAGCCUGUGGCAUUUGCAUCUAUGUGUGCUGGCCGCGGGGUUCUGUUCUGCUUUGAAGCAAGCAGCAAAUAAACAGUGUUCGAGUUUACUCGGGAGCACGUUUCAAUCACAAUUCCAUAUUGCAAUCUGGCGGUUGAUAGAUUCCUCCCACUGUGUACUGCCCUUUUCUACGUGCCGUGACGCGAAGCACGAACAUGUUUCCAGCUCUAAGCAGCCAGGAUGCUGAUCGAUGACCCUGGUGAAAUGGUCGUCGAAGGUGGAAUGUAUACUUUGUUUCCUCGCGAGCGCUGCCUGACCCGCUGGGUAUUUACAGCGUUUUUCCUAUUGUCUCGGUUUUCCAACUUCCGCAGUAUUUUGGUUUUGCACUAAUUUUUCAGGCCAGCUCGUGAGGCGGAAGGUGAAGAACCCCAUUUAGCGUCGGCAUACUCCCUGCUUAUUGUGCUGCAUUCUUAUCGCUCUGUCACUUCUGCUGCCAAUUGAUUCAUCCCAGUUAGAUUGUGAUUGGUGGAAGUACUUUGACAGUUUGAUUUCCAUUGGCGAUAGUUAUAAUGUCACGAUUAUGAUUGGUGAGGGUACAGUGUCUCGCCUCUGAUUGGUCAGUGCUGGUAUUGGGCGGGAUUGCUUGUCAGCCACUGCUCUGGGUCCCUUUAAAAUCGCUUCAGCUGGUAGACAGGAGAGCACAAGUGCGAUUAGCGAGUUAUAACAAGCAGAGGGAUGGGACCCUGAAUAUUUCAGAUGAUCAGCCAGCAAUUGCAUCAGGACAAGAGAGAGAUAAAGAAAAGAAUAACACCAUCACAAAGGGCAGUCAAAGGCAGGAAGCAAAGGGCACUCCCAAACAAAGAAGAAAGUCAAUGCUACCAUCAGAGGCUGUGGCAGGCACAGCCUAUUGCAUCCUUGCCCUGCUUCUGGGCUGCAUUGUGACCAGGGAUCUCUGCAGGAAGGCUGAUCACGCAGUAUUGGCGAUGAAUGAAGACGGAGCGAAAGCCGGAUAGGGGGGAAAUGAUUCGCACAAAGCAAGGAGUAAAGAGAGAAGCGAAGGUGGAAAACAGGAAGAAAGAGAAAGGGAUUGAAGAAAGCAGCAAAAUAAGAGGGAUGUGGAUUGAUGCAGGGCAAAGGAUCUGAGGGCAGUGCCAGAUCUGAUCUUGUUCUGCUUUUUGCUCUUCUGUGGCCAUGAAUUCUUCACUGAUGACCCGAGGAACGAGCGAUGUUCUGGAGGAGCUCCAGUUGCUCACAGCUCAGAACCUGGAACGGCUGGAGGUGAAUAAAUACUAUGAAGUGAUUAGAGAGCUGGGAAAAGGAACCUAUGGCAAGGUGGACCUGGUCAUCCAUAAGGUUAGAGGUACAAAAAUGGCUUUGAAGUUCCUGAGGAAGAAGACAACCAAACUGAAGAGUUUCCUCAGAGAGUACAGCAUCUCCCUUUAUCUGUCAGCCUCACCUUUCAUCAUUGACAUGUUUGGCAUCGCCUUUGAAACCGAUGAGUAUUAUGCAUUUGCCCAAGAAUAUGCUACAGCAGGAGAUCUGUUUGACAUCAUUCCGCCUCAGGUUGGUCUCCCUGAACAAAUUGCCAAACGCUGUGUGCACCAAGUUGCUUUAGCUUUGGACUAUCUGCACAGUAGGAAACUGGUUCACCGUGACAUCAAGCCCGAGAACAUCCUCAUCUUUGACAAGGAGUGCCGCAAGGUCAAACUGUCAGAUUUUGGAAUGACCCGUCGGGCUGGUACUCCUGUCAAGCGGGUGAGCGGUACCAUCCCUUACACUGCUCCCGAGCUCUGUGAUGCCUCCAAACAUGAGGGCUUCUCUGUGGAAUUCAGCAUUGAUGUCUGGGCUUUUGGGGUGCUACUCUUCUGCAUGCUCACAGGGAACUUCCCCUGGGAGAAGGCCCUCCUCUCAGACUCAUUCUAUGAUGAAUUUGUGAGAUGGCAAAAACGCAGAGGGUCCAAUGUACCAUCGCAGUGGAGGAGGUUCACCGACGAUGCUCUCCGCAUGUUCCGGAAACUUCUGCCUAUCGAACCGGAGCGAAGGUGCUCAGUCAAGGAGAUAUUCAGAUACCUGAGUUAUCAGUGGAUGCUAGAUACAGAUUGCAGUAACAGCAUUGCUGAUGGGAGCUCUUCCUCGGAGGAAGACCUGGUGGCACGGAUGAAGCAACAGAGUCUGUCUCCUGUGUGCAGCAUUGCAAAGAAUGGCAUCUCCAUGGAAACUCCAUCCUCGCGUUUCACGUCUGUGACAACAUCCAGCUCCCUCUCAUCUAACAGCAGCUAUGAGAGGGCAUCAAGGGAGAGCAACAACACCAGGAUUCUGGUCACUACACCUAUUGAGAUCUGUGUCUAGCUGACAUUGAAAUGUCCGGAUCGUGGUUGCCUUUUAAGUGUGACAGACAACGUGUCUUACAGAGUAACAAACUUAUUCUUACUGAAGGAAGCAAGUGUUUGUUGCUUUAGGAGUCACUGUGAGCUGUCAACUGGGGCUCAAACUCCAAUGGGGCUCUGUCUGAACUAUUGAUCUUCAAAGCUUUCACCUAAGCUGAUUCUCACCAUUCAUGACUAAGUUGCUUUGUGUCUUUGGGUCAGGGAAGAUGACACAUGAGUAACGUCAGGAGGUGAAAUGGCUCAUGGGUCCAAAGAAACGAGGCACGACUUUUGUAAAGAUCUCAACCAAUUAAAAUCGGUUUCCGCGGAACGAUCCACUUUUUCAAUUAUAUAUUGCGAGCAAAUGUCAAGGGCACUGUGCAGUGACCAGAUUGUGGCAGUUGCUUCUGUUCAAAUGGCUUUUCUUCCUAAGGGCUUGGUAGUGCUUACUGAAAGGAGUGAACACUCUGCACAAGUCAUCUUUACCAACAAUCACCUUUCACUAAUGUGACUGUGACUUCCCAUUUCCAAACACACUAAUUUAUUGGUUCAGAUUUUUAAAAGUUCAAGUUAAUCUUAUUUUGCAUCUAGCAGCUUUUGUCCUCUCUCGUUCCCAGGCACUGGUAGCAUGUGAGCUGAUAACUGUCUAAACAUCUUACUUAAUAACCAGUAGUAAGCUGAUCUUACAAGACUAAUGAAGUUAAUAUUUCAUUGAACAAAAACAGGUAACAUUUAGAUCAUUGCUAGAAUUAGAUAAGUUAAGUGAUGAGGUAGUUUCAGUGCAAGGGAAUGUCCCCUGAUGAUCAAGAGCAAGGGCACCAACAUCACUUCUCACAUGCUUUUCAUUCCAACCUCUUAACCCUUUUCAUCUCAGCAUGGACCAGCUGGACCAUGCAGCCUGUUGCGCUGAUGUGUUAUAUGUUCUGUGUCUGUGCUUUGAAUCAGUGUGUGCUUGAGGGGUGGAUUUUGUUGUAUGUUUCACUCCUGCGUCAUACUGUGCCUGCUACAGGGAGGUCUGAAUGGAACUAACACUGAUAUCAGCAGAUCUUCGGUGGUAAGUUUAGCUAGUGAUGACAUUGGGUGUGAAGUUCAGAGCCUGUGCCAGCUUCUCCAUAGCAUUGUUGGGAACUUGCCUAAGGAGAAAUUGGGGGGAGAGGAGUGGAGGGAAAGCCAGUUUGCAAUCCAAUUCCGAUUAGUUCUCUAUGUUUCCCAGGGAAGUAGUCUGUAGCAACUGCUUGAGGGGACAAUUGAACUGUUUUAGAGAUUACAACCUUUAAAACACCACAGCUGUUCAGCCAAUAGAUGCAUUGCCUCAAGACACCAAUGUCCUGGGUUCUGCCCUGACUUCCAAUGCCAUCUGUGUGGAUCUGUCACAAUAAGCUUGUGAAUUUCCUCCAAGAGCUUUGGUUUCCAGUACAGGUUGGUAGGUUAAUUGGCCGCUUGAAAAUGUGAGUGUGCAGGUGAGUGGUAGAAUCUGUGGGGGUGGGCAGGGGGUGUUGAUGGGAAUGUGGGCCAAAUACCUGAGAUUGAUGUAGGAUUGCAGUAAAUAGGUAUUUGAUGGUUAGUGUGGUCUAGGAGGGCUGAUGAAUCAAUGAUAAUUUUUAUAGUUGUUAGGCUCCUAUUGUGUUUAUUGAUCCUUUGUCAAAGAUCCAGUUGUCAACACCCAGCUGAUUCCCUUCCUUUCUGCAUCUGCCUUGUACAUAGAGAAAAAGGAAAUAUCAGCUCAGUGAAUUGUGCAAAUUACAAUGCAUAUGUAAACUACAACGUUGUUGAACCAACUCCAGAUACAGUGUAAAGAGUGAGACUUCCCUAUUGGAUCUUCAGUAGCACUGGACACAUUGAGAGUGCAAGAGUGGCACUGAUCUCAGACUACUGUGACCUCAACCAUGGCACCCACAGAUGGGAAAUUCUCUCUUGAUUCGACUUUUUCCUGAAGGUUUUGUAGAUACAGUAUGACUUCAAAAGUGAGGCAUGCCUAGCAGUCAGUUGUCUGAGUAGUGUUCUUGUGGCAGAUGGUUGGGUUAUGCACCUGAUGAAGAAGUCAGAUUUAUCAUAACUCUCAACAAGGCUAAUGACUGAAGGUAAUUUUAACUCAACUCGCCAAGUGGUAUACAGAGACAGCAAAGUAAAUGGAAGUAGGAAUAUCCAGUGGAAGACUGAUCUAAUUUAUUGCUUAUCCAGACCUCAUCUCUGUGGUAUUACUGUGACCUUGCAGUCCUGUCCUUGUGAUGAAGCUCGAAUCCCCAUCUCCAGGCAGCUGGUACAGCACCUGACACUAGUUGGCAUUUAUCAUCUUACAGUCAUAAGGUCCAUCUGUGAAGCUAAGCAGUGGCACUGUGUCCUUUGACCCACUAAAUGUAACAAAAGCCACGCAACCAAUUGGAUUGCUGGAAAUCAAAUUGUUGGAAAGGAAUCUGGUUUUAAAAAACUCUAAAAAAUAUGAGUAAAUCCUUUAGUCCUAUUGGAGUUCAGGUGUGUAAAGUUAUCAAGCAGAUAAAAUGUUAUCUGUGGCAACCACUUGAGGGGACAAUUGGUUAAUUAUUUGGUGAGCGUUUUUAGAAGGAUAUCUGUGUUAUUAUGUUUACUGUCAUAAGGCUCUGGCUAUGCUUUUUACUUCCGACUGCCUCUCGACAUUCUUCCCACCCACCACUCCUCAUCCUUUAUACACCAAAACAUGCAAAAAAUAACAGGAAAUUUAGGAUAACAGAUUACAAUCCUUGUGUAUCUUCACUGUGCUUACAAAACAAAUAUUUCUAAUGUUAAUGUAUGGGCAAUAUGCUCUAUAUACUAUCACUUAAGAAAGUUUUACAAUGAAUUGUCGUAGAUUUUUUUAUCAAUUAGAAAACUGAAAACAUAGGGCUAUGAAAAUGACAUCAUCGAGAAACCUUUAUGUGAUGUAUACUGCACCUGUAUUCGGUCUACAAAGAUUCAAGAGAGUUACCUGGCUGGAACUCCGCAGGAAAGAGCUGGAGAUGGGAGCAGCCCAGCUCAGUUUGAUGUAUAUGAACUGGGGGGAGAAGGGAGGGAAGUGUUGGAGAAGUAGGGCAGUGUGACAGGACUGCAAUCCGCUCUUCUCUCCUUCAUUAUUGUCAUCAUCCAGGUGAGCCCUGCCAUUGUUGAAAGGGCAAUGGAACAAGGAUCAAUGAAUGCAUCACAGUACUUAGUGACAAACUUUAAAUGAAUAACUUCUGAAAGAAAACUUCCUGUGAAAGCAAGACAGCAAACCAAUAAGGACCUCUUUGCAAAGAUUGUAUUUGAACUGGGAAUCUUAGUCAGCUGAUGCCCUACUUCUAAUGACUGGCAGAAGUGCAAAUCAACCUAGAUUGUCAAUGUUCAUCACUCCACUUUAGAAAUGCACUCAAUUGCUUCUUGUAGACAGUGCAACACUCCAUAUAUAGUAUAAAGGACCUCCCCCAUACACCUGGUCUCCAAGAUGUAGUGUGGGCUACUGAGCUGCCAAACCUUGUGUUUGAAUUUUAGUGCAAUGGGUAUGUUUCUAUUCAAAAUUCUUCAGUUUCGUUCCUCAGUGAAUGGUGUGUCGUUUAACUGUCUGUAGUUUGUGACAGCAAUGCAUUCUUCUGGUAUCCACAGUUUUAGCUCUUAGCUAAAAUGUUUCCUGAGCUCUUCUCAGAGCCAUACGAUCGAUUCAAUGGUUGCAAUGCAAUUUGUCUUCCUGUAAGACUUACUUUAUAAUUUGAUUAAAAUUACCUAAAAACAACUGUCUCAUCACGUCCAUUUGAUGCAACAAAAGGUGAAGAAGUUGCAACAGCUGAGAGAAUGUGGAGGUUGUACACUGCAGGGUAGAGGACAGAGAGUACAAAAAAUGAUGCAUUUACAGAAAACAGCAAAUACAUUCACUGAUGGUGCAGUAUUGGAGCAGUUGUACUUACUUCAAAGUUCAGGCAGAAUGAAAUUUUCUAACCUAAGGAUAGGCUUGGUAUGCUUAGUGCACAAGAGCCAUGGAACAGAGUUUGAUGAUACAUUGCAUUUUAUCAUCCAUUCAUGGAUUAUGGACAAUAUGGGAAAUAACAUCAUUUAUUGCUCUUCCCUAAUGAUCCCUGCACUGGCAAGUCUGGAGUCAUGUUAGGCCAGAUCAGAUAUGGGUGGCAGACUUCCAUUGUGAAGACCCUGAUGGAACAAAGAAAGCAAAGUUUAUUACACAGCCCUACAAUAGUGAUAGAAAGGUAUUACAAUAUGUGAUAGAAAUACAGAUCAUCUACAAUGUCAACAGCUUAUAAAGAGGGUUUAAUGUCAGCAGAAAUUAGCACAUUGCAUUACAGGAGAGUGUGUACAAUACGUCAGAGACAUAUACA